AUGGUCGAUAGACGACACAAACCGUCAGCCUUGGCCACUACCCCAGGUUUGCCUCCGCAGCCACAAGUUACCAUCUCGGAUGGCAAUUCACGCGUGUCUGCGGUUCUUCCCACGGGAGAGAGCGUUGACAUACUGCUGAUUGGCGCCACCGUUCUCAGCUGGAAAGAUGCUGCUGGGGAUGAGAAGCUGUGGUUAAGCAAGGACACAAAGCUAGAUGGAUCUAAAGGUGUCCGUGGGGGUAUCCCAUUGGUUUUUCCGUUAUUCGGUCCGGCAAGCCCCAACCACGAAGCCACAUCAAAGUUACCUCAACAUGGUCUGGCGAGAACUGCCAGGUGGGAAUUUUUGGGCAAGUCUACCAGCGAAGGUUCCAGUUCCAGCGUAAAACUUGAUUUUGGACUCUCGUCCGAGAACAUUCCGGAUAAUACCCAGGCACUGUGGCCAUAUAAAUUUGGUUUGCUGUACAGCGUUACCUUGGACCGGGAAAGUCUAAACACUACGCUUGUCAUCACCAAUGAUGGCGAUGAGUCUUUUGAUUGUCAGAUGUUGCUGCACACAUAUUUCAAUAUCAAGGAUAUCUCUACGGUUGAAAUUACGGGUCUGGAAGAUGCUAAAUAUAUUGACAAGGUAGAUGGAGCGAAAACCAAGAGUGAAGCCAGCUCCCCAGUUGCAUUCUCUGGUGAGACGGAUCGCAUUUACACUCCAUCUAAAGGGCCCGGACACCCAAUUAUCAUCUCCGACUCAGGGCAACCUCGCUUCCGCAUCGUCAGAGAUAACCUUGACCAAGUUGUUGUGUGGAAUCCCUGGAUUGAGAAGGCCCAGGCUAUGUCUGACUUUGCUCCCAAGGAUGGCUACAAGAAUAUGGUUUGUGUUGAAGCCGGCAGCGUUGAUGGCUGGCAGAAGUUGGACAAAGGUGAUGCUUUUGAAGGGGCACAGACAAUAUAUCUCUCUUAA